AUAUCAACCUGCUUUGUGAAAGUUCUGUAAGUUGUUCAAGAAAUAGGGUAUUUAGCCUGAUCCAAACCAAACCAUAUCCGAUUAGAGAAGAUAAAUGGUGCCGAUGGCGAGCGUGAGUACCUAUUUUUCUGCAAAGUCGACAGGGGCACCGACGCGCAGAUCUGUUAUCGGCGACGGGCCCAGUGUGGUAUCGAGCAAGCAGCAAAUUUUACACGAGAUGUUAAAGAGUGUUAAAAGUGUUCCCAGUGGUAUUCCAAGUCAAGGUCCCGGUAAAGAAGGAAUGGGGGAUGGUGGAACAACUCUGCUUUUAAAAAAGCCGGAUACCGAAGAAAAUUGUUUAUGUAACGAAUUCAAAAUGAGAAUAAUUCCAAACCGUGAAGAAGGGAGUGGUCUAAAACAAAAUCCCUAUUUUAUAUUCGAACCCGUGACUAAUGAUGUACGAACCCCUAAACCCCUUCGAGAUACUGAGUUUCACAGCAUAUCUGACAGACGCUUCACCGGUCUCUCUGUGGCACGACCCCUCACCGCGCGCACCGAUAGAUCUGGGAUACCGGGGUCUCUGUCCGCCACCAGCUUACACUCCAUGCCUUCCAUGUACACCAUAUCCCACAGGAGUGUCGCCAGCCUCACGCCCACUAUACACAGUAUGGGGGUGUUGUCCUUGGGGGAGAUCUCGUUCUCGGCGAUCGCCAUACCCAGUGAGGAAGAGGUCAGGAAAGUUCUCACGCUCGGUGAGAGAGUACCUUCGAUGUUCAGGCUUAGAGAGGACCCGCCGCCUAGAGUCGCCAAGAUCCCCACCGAGUUCAAAGUGACCCUGACCGAGACAGAGACCGUGUUCAUGUUGGUGAUCCCGACCCAGUGUGACUCACCCGAUACUGGCGAAGGAAGGAAAACAUUGAAGGAUAACCAACUGCACGAAUUUAACUUACAAGUGAACAAAACCCUGUCGCACAUAGCCACUCAGACCCAUCAAAGUGCCGUCAAGAACAGCAAAGUCAAUGUACCUCGAAACGAUAGAGCGAAUUCGUCGGCUUACGCUACUUCUUGGGACAUCUACGACACCUAUGAGGAUCUAGAGAAGAAGAGGUCGUCAUCGGUGGUUGGGCACGAUGACGGUUUCAGGAAAUCGACAACAUUCGACCUCGCGGAGAUGGCUCAUGAAGAAGAGUACAUGGAAGAGUUUUACUAUUUGGGACACAAAUUUAACGUGCGGCUGUUGAAUGCUCUGAUGAUAAUGGAAAGGUUGAUCGCGAAGAAGAAAUUCCGAGAGGAGCAACUAGUCUUCCAAGGUCUUCUGGUGCAGGAUCCGUUUUCUUUGAGUUUUAAAUGCAACUAUUCUCUGACAUACUUGUGGACGUUCUCGUAUGCUCCUACACAAGGCAGGACAGUGACUUCCAUCUGCUGGUCCCCCAAGAUUGAAAACGUCCUGGCAGUCGGCUACGGCAAGUUCAAGUAUUCGGACCACCACGGUGGACACGUCUGUAUCUGGAACGUGAAGAACCCCCAGGAACCCGAACGAUACUUCGGGUUUAAAGAUCCCGUUACUUGCGUCACCUUCAGUGAAUUCCGACCGCAAAUCCUCGCCGUAACAUUCUACAACGGCCUCGUGAUGUUGAUCGACAUCAUCGGCCGCUCCCUGAUGACGAAAGCCUCGAACAGACACUACCCGCUUUAUUACCCCGUUUGGCAAGCGGUGUUCUACCCGCACGAACCCUUACAGUCGGGGCAGUUCCUGAUGACGUGCACCAAGAGUGGGAAGCUCUACAAUUACAGGAAGACGAAGUUCAUGAUGAGCAAGCAGAUGAUGUCGAUGGGGCGUCCCCAUGGGAGAAUCCAAGGGGUGCAUCAGAUGAGGAGGUGUUUCGCCACGAAGACCCCCUCUUGUCGCAACCCAUCGGCGGAGGUGAUAGUCCUGCACCCCGCGGACCCCAUGUUGUACUUGGUGGGCACAUCGGAGGGAUGUGUCUACUUGUGUUCGGUAAACCACAGACACGACCACGUCGAAGUCUUCUUAGCGCACGACGGCCCGAUCUACAAUAUCCAGUUCAACCCGUUCUGCAGCAAGGUGUUCCUCACCUGCGGGGCAGACUGGUGUAUUCGUAUCUGGGCAGAGGGCAUCUACGACCCUCUCGUAACGCUGGAGAGCGGCAUGAUCUCGGUGCAAAGCGCUCUCUGGAGCCCACUACACUCCACCGUUGUCGUCAGCAUCACCGGCGCUUACGUCGAGAUGUGGGACCUCCGCAGGAAGACCGUCGCCCCCAAGUCCUGCACCCUGUCCCCGACCAACUGCAUGAACACCGCCAUCGCUUUCAGCCGUAACCGGUACAACCUGAGCCUGGGCGAUGUUGACGGAAAUGUUCACAUUCUCGGACUCUCCGAGAUGCCCUUCAGCCCCUCCUUCCAGGAGGAAGUGUUGGCCCAGUCCCUCCGCAACUGCCUCAUCGCUCACCCCCAACUGCUCGACCGGUUACUCAAGCUGGGCUAUCCCUUUGCCCAGCUGACCUCUAACUUGCAGACGAAGCUCUACCAUAAACUGGACAACUUGCAGAAAGUCAUUGAAAUAUAAUAUAUUGUUUUGUGAAUAAACUGAUAGU